GUGUUGCAGGCAUUUGCCCACAGCCACACCCCUCCUCCUCCCCUUGUGUCUGCGGCUCAUUAUAAGGCCGCUCUGCUCUGAUUGGUGGAAAAGCAGCCACUCUAAACGAGGGAAUGGCAGACAUUGUUGGUCCAUCUGUUCUGCCACUCAUUGUCCAACUUGCCUGCUUCUGUAGAGAAAGAGAAAAAAAACAACUCUGGAAGACACUCAGACAGUGAGGACAGAGGCGUUUGGCUGGAGUUGGAUGCUCUGCUGUACCUGCAGCAAAGACGUGCGUCAGCCUCAGAUGUAGCUGCUCUGGGAAGUUUGGGACCUGUUUCUUUUCCGUUUCACCUGCAGUGUUUUCUAAUCUGAUUUUCAAGAAUAGAAAUGUGCGGAAAUGAGCUGAUCUACUUCACUUUCUUCAUUCUUUGUUGAUCUUCUAAGGCCUGGCACCAAUGAGUCGAGCUUUGUGAGAGGGCAGCAGUCAGCCCAGUGUGCUGGAUGUCUGUGACAGAUCCAUGGGCCAGAAGGACCAUGUGGAGGCAGGAACAGGCCACCUCGACCUGGGGCUGGAUUUGGAGUAUCUCCACGUAGCAGGGGCCGACCGGCAGGCUGGCGGUGCUGACGUGCCCCCUGCUAUGGAGGAGCAGGGGGAGAGCUCCGGCAACAGCAGCACCGCCAAUUCCCCUCCACCGGCUGUGGUGGAUGAAAAUGCCGGGUCUGAUGCAGAGUGCGAGCCGGCGCCGUCUUCCAGUGCCCCCCUCACUGACCCGGAUGGAGGAGAAGGAGGGUUAACUCACAGUAAGAACACCCACCAGCCGCUUUGUCGGACCCAGUGUGUGGACUUAGGCACUGAGGGUCCUCCUGAGCCCCCGCCUAAACCCCCAUCAGACCUCGAACACGACACCCCUGCACAGUCCUCACCCAGCUCCCCACGUAAGCACCCACCUGAGCCUCCGUCCGAUCCCUCCUCAUCAGAGCCAGCGGCCGAGGCUGGCGGAAAAGAGUACCAGGCUAAGCUGGAGUUUGCCCUGAAGCUGGGCUACUUUGAGGAGACAGUGCGACUGGUGCUGUCCAAGCUUGGCCCCGACACCCUCAUCAAUGACAUACUGGGAGAGCUGGUCAAACUGGGCACCAAGUCAGACAGCGAGCAGCCGGCUGGAUCAUUAGCCUCUACCUCAUCUUCUUCAUCCUCCUCGUCCUCCUGUGCCUGUUCAGAUUUGCUGGACAGCCAGAGGUCAGACUCGCCCUGUCCGUCCGACUCUCUGUGUGACCAGGACAACCUGCGGCCAAUUGUGGUGGAUGGCAGUAAUGUAGCAAUGAGCCAUGGCAACAAGGAAGUGUUUUCCUGCCAGGGCAUCCAGCUGGCUGUAGACUGGUUCCUAGAGCGUGGCCAUCAUGACAUCACAGUGUUUGUGCCUGCGUGGAGGAAAGAGCAGUCCCGCCCUGACGCCCCUAUAACCGAUCAGGAGAUCUUGCGUCGCCUAGAGAAGGAAAAGAUCCUGGUCUUCACUCCUUCACGGCGUGUCCAAGGUCGGCGCGUGGUUUGCUAUGACGACCGCUUCAUCGUCAAGCUGGCCUACGAGUCAGACGGCAUCAUCGUCUCAAAUGAUAACUACCGAGACCUGGCUAAUGAGAAGCCUGAGUGGAAGAAAUUCAUCAAUGAGCGGCUGCUCAUGUAUUCCUUUGUCAAUGACAAAUUCAUGCCCCCAGAUGACCCUCUUGGUCGUCAUGGCCCCAGCUUAGACAACUUCCUGAGGAAAAGACCUGUCAUGCCUGAGCAGAAGAAACAGCCUUGUCCAUACGGAAAGAAGUGCACUUACGGCCACAAGUGUAAGUACUACCACCCAGAAAGAGGUGCUCAGCCUCAGCGUGCUGUGGCUGAUGAGCUGCGUGCCAGUGCCAAGACCUGUGUCGCCACAAGAAACCAGGGGGACACUGGGUUGGUAAAGAGCCACAGUGUGCCAGCUGGCAGCAUUGAGGCAAAAAAAGGCGCCCAGAAAAGGCAGUCCGACCCAAGCAUCCGAGCUCUGUCGUACAGUGAUGCUGAGGAGAAGCUGGCAAAAGGGAGGGCGGAAAGCCAGAAGAACAGUAUGUGUGGCAGUAGCAGUGGGAGUAUACCCAUGUCCUCAGCCCCAGGAGGCCCUUCAUCCAGUUUCAGCCUUCCCCAGGACCAGCAGUCCAGAGCAGUGACCCCUCAUAGUCUACCAGCCCCCAGCCAUGACCUUUACCCUCACUGUGAGUCUCCAGACCUGAGCUACUACUCAGUAACGCGUGCUUACUCUGGCCUGAGUCUCUCCUCCAGACGGAGCCCAGACUGUCGCUUCCCCAAUGACACAGACCUGCGGGUGGGCUCGAUGGGUUCAGCCGGCUCCGAAUGCGGCAGCGAAAGCAGCGUGAGUUGCGGCAGCAGCUGCGACUCGUACAGUGAGAGGCCGUGUCCCGGGUGCCCCCCAGACACCUUACUGGAAGACAGCAUCCAUUUUGCUAAUCCCCACAGCCGGCUGUAUCCCCAUCAUGCCGCAUCAAACCAUGAACUGUGUGGCCUUCAUCCGGCCGAUUACACAAAUAUCCAACACAGCCACACGUCUAAUACAGGAGUACAUAGCUACCACCUGAGUAUGGCACGCGGGCAGAGCUGUGCUCACGAUCAGCCUCCACCAGAGGCUCCCCCAAAGCGCCCUCUAUACCCCUUGCCCCCUCAUCUCCAGCACCAGCCGCUGGCUGCACGCUCCAGCUGCCCAGGCGACUACCACUCACUGCCCCAGUCCAACCCUCACCCCCCUGGCUCUCCUCUCGGCCGCUGCCUGACCCCCACGCGAGGAGAGAGUGUGUCAGACUCGCAUCUGUAUGAACACCUCUCUACAUCGCACCAUCACCACCGGACAAAAGCUUUGCCCAGCUGGGACUCGUACUACAGACAGGCUCCUUUACCGCCGUCCAGGUAUGAGCCAUCUGCCUAUCAGAGCCUGCCAGACACACAGCAGUCAUCCUGGCAUGCUCCUCCCUGGGCACAGGACGGCUACACCCAGCACCACACCUCCCACCCAGCUCUCCACCCAUCCCCGACACAUUACUUAAACCACCCACCGCCUCCAGCCCACUCUCCGCACCCGCCUCACCCAUCCAGCACUCCUCUCCCGCCGUACUCGCCUCACAGCGCUCACCUGGCAGUGCCCUCCCACGCUCCUCCCUCCUACAUGCCGCAGCACCCAGAAUCCCCUGCACACAGCCGGUACGAGGACAUGAGGGAGAAAGUGUACGUCAACCUGUGCAACAUCUUCCCCUCGGAGCUGGUGAGCCGUGUGAUGGCCAGGAGCCCCCACAUCGCAGACCCCCAGCAGCUGGCAGCUGCUAUACUUGCAGAGAAAGCCCAAACAGGGUACUGAAGAACAAAGGAAAGUGUGAUCUCCCAUUAGAAAACAAUAGCAGUUAUGUAGUCGGAGUAAAAAUAGGAAAACACAAACUGUGGGUGGUCUCAAACUUUGCCUUUGCAAAACUUGAAAGCAUGUUGGGUUUGCAUGGUGGUAUUUUAAAUACUGGAAUGCUUUUGGAUUGUCUACAUGUAGAGCUUUUUCUUUUCUUAUGACAUUAAUGAGAUAAUGCAUAGGUUUCAAGGAUAUAAAAUACUAAAGAUAAUCCAAAUCCAGCUCUGGUUAUUGUGCAGGGACAACUAAAUCCACUGAACUUUAAGAAGUGUGGGGAGAGCAAGUCAUUUGACGAAGUCUUUGACUUUGACACAAAGUGCAACUUGAUCCAGACCUGCCCAGUUAGUCUUUUUUAUUUAUUUAGUAGCUUAUUAUGUGUAUUUCACAUGCAGGACUUUUAAUGCAUCAAAUUCAAAAGGCCCUUUUUUACAGCCAAAUCGUAACCUAGAGUUGGUAUCGCAUACAUCAACCCUAUUAUGAUUCUGAUUUGUAGUGACUGUACAUUGUACACUGUACCUACUCUCAGAGCUGAGUCAGAUGGUGUUUGCAAAUUUUCUUUUCUUUCAUGUGUAAAGCCAGAUAGAUGGGAUUUGUUUUACCUCAUAACUAUACAGAAAAGUGUCACAGAUUUCACUGAAUAAUUUUCUUAAUGUGUUAUGUGGCAAAUCCAUCAACACAUGACAGUUUCAAACUACUAUUUGACCAAGGUCUGUGUAUUGUAUUAAUCUCUUUGUGUGCGUUGUGUGGCCAUUUGUUGGUAAAAAUGGGUGUCUGAAAGAUGGUCGUCUUAUUUGAGAUGACGUCAGUAUUUUGGUCAGAGUUGUAGCUGUAGAGAUGGGUGACCCUGUCGUGUGUACCUUAGUUUUAGUAAGGGACAUCUCUCUCUUUCUCUCUCUCUUUCUCUCUCUCUAUCUCUCUCUGGCCCUUUUCAUUUGGGUCAACUCUGGCAUCUGCUACAGACAGAGGACAUCUGGACAUCAGAACAAAACAUGUAUGUAUUGUAAAUAUAUAUAAUAUAUAUGUAAUAUAUUUAAGACUCCCCUGCUGGGCUUUUGGCUAACAGCGUCAACUGUUGUCUGUAGCAGAUCCCAGCUGAAUCCAUGCUAGACAGAGAAAAACCUUGUUUGAUACAAAUUGUAUCAUUAACUAAGUCGCUGAUGUUAUAUACAGUACAUGGACUUGUUGAUCAGUAUCUAACACUCUUGAUGUAUUGCUAUAUGAUGAAAUGCAUUGACAACAGUUAUGUUCCAAACGAGAUGUUCCAACUCCUAAUCUUGUGGAAAUUGCUUUUGAGACAAUUAUUUCAAAUAUGUUAUGAAACAAGAGGAGUUGUCUGCCUACUAUGUUUAGGUAUCACAACUUCUUUAUCUGUGCUUUUGGGUUUUAAAGCUGGCUUAUUUUUUUAAAGGAGCUCCAAUUCAAUCAUGUGAGAAAUAUGCUUUGGUUUACUUGUUAAAUGCCCAUUUGAAAACAAAAGUGUAUUAGCCUGUUUUUUCACGGUUAGGGUUGGGGUCAGUUCAUUUUAAGCUUUUUUUUAGCCUCUUUAUUAAGUCCUUUAAAGUAACAUUAUACAACGUUAUUCUUGGAAUAAUAGAUAAUUGAUGUUUUAUCAUUAACUUCUUUAUUGUUUCUAUUAAAUCAUGAAUUAAGUGAACAAACCCCAACCAUGUUUAAUAAGUAAAGUUUUAUAUUUGGGUCAGUCCCAUAUCCCAUGGUGGCCAUUUUUAAUGUCUGUAACACUCUACCAAAGCUCUACCUGGAGUAUUUGCAAAUGUAUAAGACCAUGUUUGCCUUUACAAAAAGAUGAGGUCUUCAUAGAACCAGAAAUGAUCCAGUCAGUAAAGAGAUCUCGAGAAUAACAACUACAGCUGCUCAAAUGUGGACAGACGUUUAGCUAGCUAACUGGAACGGGAAGUGUUUUAAGGACAAAAAUAUUGAAAUAUCUUUGUGCACAGUGCAUUACAGGACGGUAGUUUGAAGAAGGGUUUUAAUUUCUCCACACACAGGAGGCUCCCUGAGCACUGGCGAAGCUUAUGCCAACAUUUCCUUGUGUAAUUACACACCUGAACUGUUCAGAUGUAACAUAUGAUGGGAUGGCCCAAAAAUUGAAAUUCAGACAAACGUUGCACUUCUAUUAGUAGGGUGUUAUAUAUUCUGAAUGCAGCAUUAGCCUAUAUUUGACAAGCUUAGGUGUACAUCAGGUAGAGCCCAACCAAAGUGUAAUGCCAGUUCAAAAUGGCCACAAAGGAAUUAAAGUCUACAGAGUGAGCUCAUCAUACAGUUCAUUACAAGCCAGCUACAUAAAGCCCACAGGUUUCUUUCCUGUCCAACGUGUCACAUUGUACAAAUAAUGAAUAAUUGUACAAUGACGUGCUGUUGAUGAGAGAGAACCUUUGUGUGUAUUGAAGAAGCGCCUUCUCUCUGGCCUCCUGGCACUGUGUGUCAGUGUGGCACCUGAGUGUGGGCCAAAAGUAAUGCCUCUUCAUGGCAUUGUGCUUAUGACACAUCCAAUACUCUGAACUAUGUUCAGCUAACUGUUAUGCAUGUUUUGAUUUGUUUUGGUUUCUGCAUGAUUCCUUGUGUUUAAUUUGUGUACAUAGCUGUGUUUCUGUCCUGAAAGCUUUUUCUUGAUGUUACUGUGAGAUGAUUGUAGCUGUUGAGAUGACUCUAGGCUUACUUAUAUAGAAAACUGACUUGUUUUUCUGUUUUGUUUCAUAUAUCAUUUAGUAUUGAUUUCACAACAACACCCCCCUUUACAAUAUAAAGUCAAGAGGGAAUGCUAUUUGUUUUCUGUAAGGCUUGAAAUUUACUUCAAAGGAUCAGGAAGGAUAUUUUAGAAUGCUUCCCAAUUUUGCUUUAUGACAUACAUUUUAUGACAAACAUUGUUUUCUUUGGAAGUGCACUUGGCCAUAGGUAGCGAUAAUGGAAAUGAUUAUGAUAAGUUGACUUCUGUGCUGCAGAUAUUUAAAUGCUAUACAGGCCACAACACUGAUAGAAUGAAAAUCCUGUUUCAAAUUAGUCAGUAGUAGAAUAACCGUGUAACUAAUUGAUUAUUGUAACAUUCUUACUGUAACUGUAAUUGUUCAUUAAAGUACUGCCUCGAAAUGUGA